UAACUUUACACUCUCUUACAAAAAAUGGCUCCUUUGAAAUCAGCCAAUUCCACCACAUCGUGUUCUCUACUAGAACCCGUGAAACUAAUGGCCUCGCAGGAAAGUUUAUGCGAUAUCAAGCCUCUAACUAUACCGGAGUAUUUUCGUGAAUGCUGUCAAAAAUUUCAAGACUAUCCGGCGUUAAGUAUUGAAACCAACGACCUUGAAGAUGGAAAGAACUCAUGGCGCACAGUAACCUAUGGAGAGUAUGAAAGACAUGUAGAGAAAGCCGCAUUGGCUUUGCUUUAUCUGGGGGUGGGACAACGUACUUCGGUGUCUGUCUUGGCAAACAACUGCCCCGAAUGGUUUUAUAUUCAAUUGGGGGCCUUGCGCAUAAAUGCUGUUGUAUCUGGAAUUUAUACCACCAAUUCAGCGGAGGCUGUCUACCAUGUACUCUCAACUUCAAAGACUUCUGUAGUGGUGGUGGACGAUAGCCUGCAAUUGGCCAAAGUGCGUGAGAUCAGAGCACGUUUGCCAAAUUUGCGAGCUGUGGUGCAAUUGUUUGGACCCUUUGAUUUCAAGGAAACAGAACAAUGUGAUGGCUAUUAUCGUUGGCACGAUUUGCUGGAGCUAAAUUUUAACAAUGAACAAAAGGCAGAAUUGCUGCUGCGUGAACGCAAUGUGGCGCCCAACGAGUGUGCAUUGCUGGUAUACACGUCCGGCACAGUGGGCCUGCCCAAGGGUGUCAUGGCUUCACAUGAUGCUAUACUCUUCUGCCUGCAAGUUUUAUUGAAGUCUCAGAGAAACCUACAUCACUGUAAAGAAUCGACGAUAUCCUAUUUACCCCUCAGCCACAUUGCUGCUCAAUUCUUUGAUGUGUUCAUGAGCAUGGGUCUGGGGGCCAAUGUUUAUUUUGGCGAUAAGAAUGCCUUAAAAGGUACCUUGGGCAAAACUUUGGUAAAGGCCAAGCCCUCAUGGUUCUUUGGAGUUCCCCGAGUAUUUGAGAAGCUUAACGAACAAAUACUGCAAAUGGAGGCCAAUCUAUCCAAUAUGGAGAAAAGUAUAAGGACCACAGCUAGAACGGUAAUGAUGCAGUACCAUUUGGAUAAAAUGGCAGGCAAACCCAGUUCCUAUCUAAGAUAUUGGUGGGUCUCAAAGUUCACUGGUCGCAUAAAAGAGUCCCUAGGCUUGGAGCGCAUCAAAUUGUGUAUGACUGCCAGUGCUCCCUUGUCGCUGGAAUUGAAGCAUUUCUUCUUGGGCUUAGAUUUGCCAAUAACAGAGGUCUUUGGCCUAUCCGAGACUUGCGGAGCGGUCUUAUACAAUUUUGAUUUGACCAACCUAGAGACUUGCGGCAAACCCCUCAAAGGUAUAGAAGUGAAACUUCUCAAUGCCAAUGAACAGGGAGAUGGUGAGCUUUGCAUCAGAGGUCGUUGCAAUUUAAUGGGCUAUGUCAAUGAACCGGAAAAAACUGAGAAGGCCAUAAGCAGAGAUGGUUGGUUUCUAACCGGCGACAUGGCCUCCAUAGACCACGAUGGUAAUGUCUACAUUAAUGGCCGGCUUAAGGAAAUAAUUAUUACAGCUGGAGGAGAAAAUAUACCCCCAAUUUAUAUUGAAAAUAUAAUUAAAAAGGAGUUGCCAUGUAUUAGCAAUGACCUGGUUGUGGGUGAUCGGAGGAAAUAUUUAACAGUGCUAUUAACAUUUAAGACUGAAAUCCAUCCCACCACUGGCUACCCCUUGGACAAUCUACUUCCCGAGACCAAAGAAUGGUUGGAACAACUAGAUUUGCAUUAUACCCAACUCUCCGAUUUACUUGGCGUUAAACUGCCCGAAAAUCUCAAAGAAUUUGAUGCCUGCAGCGUUGAAGUAAAAUUGGAGGAGAAAGUUCAACAGGCUUUGAAGCAGGGCAUAGCCAGAUAUAAUCAACAGGCUAUAUCAAAUGCUCAGAAAGUUCAAUAUUUUACAGUGUUGCCACAUGAUUUUACUUUUGCAACCGAAGAACUAGGACCCACUCUGAAGACGCGACGAAAUGUUAUCAUUGAAAAAUAUGCCAAAUUAAUUGAUAAAAUGUAUGUUUAUUGAUAAAUGGUUGAUGUCCGUUAUUUAAGUUUUGUAUAUAAAAUUUAUAGGAUUA